AGCCCAUCAGCCUUAUGAUCUGCCCUGCAAGCCAUGACUCUGAGCUCUGAGAUGUCCGAUGCCUCUGCCUUGGCUGAUGAGACCGACAUUGAUGUGGUCGGAGAGGGGGAGGAUGAGGAGCCCAGGGGGUGCCACUAUACUGAGGAGGAGGAUGAGGAGGUGGUGGUGGCAGAGGACAUUUUGAUGCCAAUGUCCCCUCAGUGCUCAUCAACCAAAGACUCGUACAAGCCUGCCAGCAAGAACACCCUGGUGAAGCCCCCCUACUCUUACAUUGCCUUAAUCACCAUGGCCAUCCUGCAGAGCCCCAAGAAGAGGCUGACCCUCAGCGAGAUCUGCGAGUUCAUCAGCCAGCGAUUCCCUUACUACCGCGAGAAGUUCCCCGCCUGGCAGAACUCCAUCCGACACAACCUCUCACUCAACGACUGCUUCGUCAAGAUCCCCCGGGAGCCUGGCAACCCGGGCAAGGGCAACUACUGGACACUGGACCCCGAAUCGGCCGACAUGUUCGACAACGGCAGCUUUCUCCGUAGGAGGAAGCGCUUCAAGAGGCAGCAGACCCCGGAGCUGCUGCUCAGGGACCCCGGCCAUUUCCUCCCCGCUGCUGCCUACGGCUACGGACCUUACAGCUGUGGCUACGGAAUCCAGCUGCAGCCCUUCCACCCUCACUCGGCCCUGAUCGCCUUCCAGUCCCAGCACAGACAGCCAGCCAGUGCCCCUGCCAUGGCAGCCUCAUCCCUCCUAGCAGCUGACCUGCCCAGGACCUGUACCUUUUACCCCCAGCAGCUGAACCCAGCACUUCCAGGCACCCUGCACACUGCCAAGAGCAGCAGCCGGUCCACCUUCUCCAUCGACAGCAUCAUAGGUGGGGACAUCAGCCCUGUACAGUGCAGCCCUUCCAAAGCCUCUGGGGUCCCUGUCAUCUCUAGGGCCCUGGUGACUUUCUCAGGCUCCCCUGCUGCUGCUGCCUUAGGUGGGGCCCUGCAGCCUGGAACAGUGCUUACCAAUGGGGAACCCUAUGCCACUAGGAUCUUAAACUCUUAAUCAAAAUCAGGCCUUUACCGAGAAGGUAGGAUGCUUUCUA